AUGGACGCGCCUUCAGAUCCACCCGAAUCCACUAUGCAGGAGCAUCAUAUUGUCAAGGCGGAUGAGGUCGACCAAACUGGGACCGAUAUCUCGCCAGUUUCAGACGACCAACUCUUGGAGGAGGUCGCUGAGGGGCUCCGCCAGGAACAGGCCUCGCAAGCCGCACCCGCUCCUGAGACGGAGUUCUCUGCGCCCGAAAAAUUUAUGAAACGACCUGAACUUCGUCGUGAAGGCUCUGCUCCACCUCCUCCGAUGCAGCCGCCCCCUCCAGCUCCCGUUCAGGAGACCACGGACCGGGGUGCGAGCUCUCUGAGCUUAUCGGAGUUGCGGAAGCUUGUGGGUGAAAUGCCCAAGAUCGAGCAACCAGCCUAUGCUUUUGAAUAUGCCGAUGCACAAUCUUUCCCCGAUGAGCUCGACGAGUGGUUCCAGUAUAACGCCUUUGAUCGUGUCAUGUUGAUGGGCAUGAAAGGGACUUUUAACAAGAAAUGGCCUACCUUUUGCCAGCGACGCCAGCGAGACACGCCCGGGGUGCCUUGGCUUGAGGCCUCUAAAGACUUACGUCGUUCGUUUAUUACUCGGAUGCUCGAGGAUCUGAAGCUUUCUGAAGUCUCCGCGCGAUUGGAGGCCCUUGAAACCAUUUGCUAUGUGGUCACUGGUGUAUGGGGUAUUAGCGGUGGGAGAGUGGCACCCGACUAUCCUUCUGAUCUAAAUCCCGAGUCAGCAGCCGAAACGCCACUGCUAAAGUCAAUGCAGAUUCAGUGCAUCGAACAGAAUGUUUCCCUUCUCGAGGAAUGCUCGGGCGUUACUGCAUUGGUACAGUACAUGUGUCGCCUUUUUGAUAAGACCCGCUCAGCACUCGGAUCUGACACUAGUGACAUUGAUUACGAGCGAAUUAACCCUGGCGAUAUUGCGGCCCCGGAGCGUGAGGCCAACUUGGUCCUCACAAGCUUAUACUUCGCCGUAGAAGUAGGUCGCAGGCAACAGGCGCGCGACCCUCAGUGCAGCUCAAUCCGCGAUGCACUGACCAGCUCCAAUCCCAAUCUAUUGGUCUCUAUUGUUGAAAUUAUCGCUCGACUGCGCUGGGACGAAUCUGCCAAUAUUCCGCUGACCAGGAUCCUGCUGUUGUUGUGGAAGUCGCUGCUUCUCGUCUUUGGCGGUAUCGAAGAUUUAAAGCGCGCAAAGGAAGUACUAGAGCCUGAUGUUUUCUCUGAGAAGGAUGAUGCCAAACGCAGGACACCAUUCUUAUACGCCUCCCCUCUGGACUAUCAUCUCUUCCGCCAGGAAAUCACUUCCAAAUACCCAGCUUACAACCCUCCGCCACUUGUCGUUCCGCUAGAACUAGAGAACAAUUCUAUUCUACCCCCUCUUCCACACAAUGCAGCCAAGAUGAACUCGUCCAGUGGUAUCUUUUGUGGUGUUGCCCCCUCGAUUUCCGGUGGAAAUGGCUCUAUCCUUCAACAGGCCGUUCAUAUUGCAACCCCGGCGCCGUCCCCACCGCCAUCUCCCGCUGGACCAGGAGGGAAAGCUGGGAAGAAACAGAACUAUCAGACCAACCAGAAUUUCCCCUUCAUGUACCCUCCUCUGGAUGAUUCUAGCAACAGCAUUGGCGGGAAGGGCACAACGCAACGCCAGGAUGCCUUGGUUGGAAAGAAAUGGGAAGGCAGUGAUGUUCCUGCGUCAAUUAUUGAAGCCGGAAAGCUUUUCUCGACCCAUGUGAAAAUGACUCGUGCGAUGCGACAGCUUUGGCAGGAGCGUGAACACUUUAUGCAGUACGACCGUGGCUGGAAUUCCGAGGACGCUGCUCACUUCCCUGACAACAUUUCGGAUGAUUUGCCAGAUGACUUCGAACAUCUAGAUUUGUUAGGUGACGAGGAGAAUUUGGGUGACGAGGAGAAGACCGAGCCUAAACCGAAGCCAGCAGAGAAGGAGACAGAUGAUCCUGAUAUCCAGCGGCGCCUGGAUGCGGUUGACUCGUUUUAUACCCAUACUCUAUCUCACCUUCAGUCCAUCACCAUCGUAUUCUUGAAAAUCAUCUUGACAAAUGUCAGCGCAGUGGUCAGUCAGGCUACUAGCCAGACUACGCAGGGCAUGAGUAACGGUCAUUCCAUGAACGGCUCUCACAAUCUCCUUUCCGAUGCAUCCAUCGAUGAGCUAGACAACAUUCGACUUCGCGAGAUCACCGGUAAAGCCGUGUCUGGAACUCUGUUACUUCUCCUUAAGUGGUUUAAGCGAUCUCAUAUCUUGAAAUUCGAAUACAUGACACAGCUGCUACUCGACUCCAACUAUAUCCCCUUGAUUCUCAAAAUGUUCGCACACCAAGACGUCGACCAAACGGUGGCAAAUAAGAAUGACCGGGAAGAUCUAUCUUUCUUCCAGUUCUGUCAAAACAACACGGACUUCCCCUUGGAAUCCGAUGAAAACUCCGGUGGCGACACCGAAAGUGAAGACGAAGCCAUGCCACCCCCAAUCUCCCGCCACCGCGACCCAACGGCAAACGGCAGUAUGGCAAGUCUCUCCGAAGAGGAAUCCCUAGCGGAUAUUUUCAACGGACCGACACGCCCCGAAGUCGACGAACUAGGCUACCCAACCGCGCCCCUCCCCAAAGAACCAAUCAAAGUAUUCUCCUUCCGCAACUUCUUCUCCGCCAUCAAUUACCUACACAUCAUGCAAAAGAUCACGCGCAACAAAGCCCACCGCUGCCUCUUACUAGUGCAGUACAAAUCAAGCAACAUUCUCCGCAAGGGCCUCAAGAUUCCAGACCCGUAUCUCCGCUUCUACACCCUCAAACUCUUCAAAUCCCAGGUCCCCUACUGCGGCCGCAAAUGGCGCCAGGGUAACAUGCGCGUCAUUACCGCUAUCUACCUGUACUGCCGCCCGGAGCUGCGCGACGACUGGCUCGCUGGCUCUGAUGUCGAUGCUGAGGUUGAUGAGGCUUUGCCGUUGGAACAGGCACUUCGUGGUCUUACGCACUGGUGGCAUCUGCGCCAGUACAAGGAUGUCAUGGGCGGUGAAGAGGGUGCGUCUAUGAUGGAGGAAGAGCGUGAUUUCUUUGUUCGAGAACUUGAGUCUAUGGGCUGGGGUGGUGCUGCUGAUGAGAUACUUAAUGGGACUUGCGAGGAGGAGGUCAGUGUUCCUGCGACGCAGGGCAACGAAUGGGACGGUGUACCGCUGCCUAUGGAGGGGUGGCCGUGA